UUUAAUAAAUGUGGAUAGAAGUUGAAUGUAAUUCUGCAACAAGAGGAAAAAGCCACGAUCAGGGUUACUGGAUCCUUGUCCCCAUGCCACGGGUCUUUUAUAACCCAAGUAAAUUUUAGAGCAGUUCCAUGGAUAUCGCAAAUCACAUCAUAGGGGCUGGCGACUGAAUGUGAUGGAAACGACCUUGCGGAGCUGCCUGCCUUGUCUGCAGGGGCUGUGGGACCGCAUUUGGCCCAAGCCUGUUCCCUCGGAUUCUUCCCAAAGUCGACGGGAGAUCGUUGUCAUCUCGGGUCCCUACCUGGAAUCUAAGCUCCCCCCGCAGUUAAACCCAGCCCCAGAGCUGCCCCCUAAACCGGGACUCGUCUACGCUGCUUUGUAUGACUUCGAGGCCAGGUCGCCAGAAGAGUUGUCGCUGAAAAGGGGGGAGAAACUGAGAGUCAUCCGAGAUGAGGGAGAAUAUUUAUUUGCACAGAAAGCGGCCAGCUCCAGAGUGCCCGUGGCUGAGGGCUUGGUUCCUACCAAUUACGUGAAAGUGAUUGAGAAUUUUACAAAUGAGCCGUGGUAUUUUGGAAACAUAUCAAGAGCCAACGCAGAAAAAUUGCUUCAGUCUGAAGAAAAUCAAAAUGGAACUUUCCUAGUCCGUAAAAGUGAGACUGCUAACAGUGACUAUUCAAUAUCAGUUCUCAAUGAUAAAGUCCAUCACUUUCGGAUAUUUACUUCACCUGACGGAAUGUUUUAUCUUUAUGAGAAUCAAAUGUUUCCAACAAUUAGUGAUCUUUUGGAAUUCUGCAAAAGAAAUUGGAAGAUCCUUGGGUUUCCAUUAACAAAUCCUCAUGCAAAGAAUGUUUAUAAAGCUGAUGAAUGGGAACGGCCCAGGGAAGAAUUUACUUUGCUGCGAAAACUGGGAGAAGGUCACUUUGGAGAAGUCUGGGAAGGUGUUUGGAAGGAAAAUCAACAAGUGGCAAUCAAAAUGCUUAAAAAGGAUGAUAUGAUCGAGGACGAGUUUGUUAAAGAAGUAAAAGCUAUGAAGAAUAUCAAACAUCCAAAGCUAAUCCAGCUAUAUGCCAUUUGUUCGAUUGAGGAACCUAUUUACAUUGUCACAGAACUCAUGACCAAAGGAAACUUACAAGAAUACUUACGGGGUGAUGAAGGUGAAACAUUAACAAUGACUCACCAUGUGUACAUAGCUAGCCAGGUGGCUGAUGGAAUGGCUUAUUUAGAACGUCAGAAAUUUGUCCACCGGGAUUUGGCUGCAAGAAACGUUCUGGUUGGAGAAGAGCUCAUCUGCAAAGUUGCAGACUUUGGAUUAGCAAGAUUAAUCCGGGAUGAGGUAUAUCAUGUCCGUGCUGGGACCAAAAUACCUGUAAAGUGGACAGCACCAGAAGCUGCAAACUACCAGAGAUAUUCAGUAAAGUCAGAUGUAUGGUCUUUUGGUGUUCUUCUAUAUGAAAUAGUGACUUAUGGCAAAGAACCUUACGAGCGAAUGACAAACAAGGAAGUCAUGGAUCAAGUAAACCAUGGGUAUAGAAUGCCUUGUCCGAAAAACUGUGCUCAAGACAUGUAUGGAAUAAUGCUUAGGUGCUGGAACGAGUCAGAGGAAAACCGACCGUCGUUUAGUACUCUGUUGGAUGAACUUAAUUCAUUGUACACUACAUAUUAUUACAAAAACCAACAUGAAGCUCAGUGAAGACACAAUAAAUGCUGCUGCUACUAGUGCAAUGCCAGAUGGAACUGCAUAUGAAUCAACUCUUAAAACAAUACUUUGCAACAAUGGAAUUUUUAAAAAAUUUUGUUGCAAUAGUACAUUUGACAGUGAAAUAAUUGCAUCAAAUUACAGUUGGCAAAAUUGGGGUGGAAGCUUAUAAUAGUGGUAUGAUAUUCCUCUGUGCCCUAUCCAUCAAGAGUGUUAAAAAUAAAUGAGAAGGUGCCUACUUUAGGAUACAGAGAAGGAAUGUCAUAUAAAUGCAUUAAGUGCUUGAUCAAUAGAAGCAAGAGUAAGUUUUGCCUAUUGUUAGUAAAUAUUAUUAAGCACUGAAAGGAAAGUAAUUGAACAGCCAAAGAAUAUAAAAAUACAGCAAAUCUUACAUCUACAAUCUAAGAUUUGUUUAAGGGGAAUACAGGUUUAACCAAUAUCAAUAAUUGCAUUGGAAAUACGUUAACGAUCUGUUUCAGACUGCAGCUAUUCUGGUACCAUAAAACAUUUGUGGCUUUCAUGUGUCAUGUCUAGUUCCUUAAAGUUAUAUUAGGUUAGAAAUUACUCUUGGCAACAUUAAUGAGCAAACUAUUUUUGUGAUUUUCCUUUGUCUAUUAUCGUAACACAGAUGGUACUCCGGUAAAAGAAACGGAUCAGCACUUCUGCUCAAGUAGAGGACAGGAGAAUGUCAUACAAGCCGUAACUUCUUGGCAAUUGUCCGUUUUGACAGACUGAAGAUAUUUUUAUUUCUAAAACUGAAUAUAGCAAUAUUGUUCAAAGCAUUUAAAAAGCCUUAGUUCCUGAGUUUGCCAGCAAUUUAAACAACAAAGGGCAGAUCCCAUGGAUGUGUAACAUUUUAGGACCUACUAAGAAAAAAAAGCAUAAGACUUGUAGACAAUUUCAAAAAAAGAAAAUUGAGAAUCCAUGAAAAAAAACAUUUUUGUACUGCAUUGUUUUUCUUUUGAAUGUAUUUGCUGACUUAUAACUGUUGGCCAAGAAAAUGUUCCUUCAACAUAUUUUUGAAUAAGUCACUGCUCCCUGAUUGGUCAGCUACCUUUGAAUGCUGGUUCAGUGUUCACUAAUCAGAUGUGAACAAGGCUAGUCCACCAAAAAAGCUCAGGCCUCUCACUGCAAACAUCAGGUGAUCACUACACACAUGGUGUACCUAGUACCCAUCAGAAGUGAAAAUUAGACUAGAUAUUAUGAUAUUUCUACCCUCUACCAUUUGCACCUCCCAGACCGUCACAGAGAUGGUGUGGAUUUUAACACAAAUCACUCCUACUACCUACUCCUAUGGCACUUUCCUCUCCUUUAAGCAUCUUGCCUUAUUUCACUUCUCUUGCCUCUCAUUUAAUAUCCUUGCUCUCCACCGCCCAUCCAAGUGCCAAAGUUUGUUUUGAGUUGCCGGCAGGGAGUCUUACUCAAGAUAAGUGGGUGUUACAAAAUUUUGGCCUUGUCUCAGAUCUGUUUUCCUGCUGGUACUCCAGGAUCAUUAAACUCACCCUAAUGAUUCAUUCGAAACAUGAAGAGAAAACAAUUUAUCCCUCUCCCAGCCCGUCCCAUCAGCCUCUGCAAACCAUUCUCACGUUAAAAUGAACUCAUUAGUAAACAGUAACCUUGAAAAAGAAUUUAAUUUGCUUGUUAUGAUUUAAUAGUGAAUCAAUUGUAUGGUUAAAGGAAAACAGUUUAGAAAUUAUUGUUGGCUAUAUUAGUGGGAAAGCAUUUAAUACAUCUGUAUGAAAUUUCUCAAUUUGCUGUUUUAACAAAGUUAUUAGCCCAUUUAUUUUAAAACGUAUCAGGUUUCAUGAGAUCUGGGAUCCUUGGUUGACAUUAGUUAAAAAUAAAGAGAAACGUGGGGUAAUUUUAAUUCCCAUAAAUGGGAAGGGUCAAGAGAUACUAUUUUUAAACUUUCAAACGUUUCCAGUUUUAACAGAGAUGGGAUGAAAGUGAGCGGUGGGGCAUGGGCAACUAAUCUGCUCUCAGCAGGCCUGCUGGUUGGUAAUAGAUUUUAAGGAUACUGCAUGCCUCCAUUUUAACGUUUUUUUUAACUAAUGUCAACCAAGGUGCCCAGAUCUCAUGAAACCUGACAGGCAAAAGGAGGCAAGAAGGAGUGUAACCAAUAGGUAAGUCCCCCUACAGCAGUGCUUGUGGGCCAGGUGGAGCAGGAGUGUUUCUCCCAGCACCCCGCAAAGCCUAACAGCUUCCACCACCAUGGUCACUAACGCCCCCUGACUGCCAUCUUACCCUCAACCUCCAUCUUGCUCCCCCUCCUACCACCAUCUUGCUCCCCUGCAAUCUCUGCCUCCUCCUUACCACUACUAUCUCCUACCAAUUGCAAGCUCCCAUCUGCUGUCUGAAUGGAUGUGCCCUUGUGCUGUAGGCAUUGCCACCUGACAGGCAGCCAGCCAAUCAAUCAUGAUGGCUUUUGCAUGAAGAACUAAAAGAAAAAAUGUAACAGAUAUCCUGCAAUAAAAAACUACAGGAUUUCCGGGUUUCCCAUCAAUAACUUCAUUGUUCCUGCUCCAAACGCACAGCCCACUAAAUAUUAAGCCAAUGUUUGUUAAAAUAGCAGACAGAAUUAUUUUAAAAAUAUGAUAAUCUCCCACUCCUAAUAUCACCAACAAAAUUUUAAUGUUCAAAUUUUUUAAUAAUUUUAAAAUGUGGAAUACAACAGGUUUGAAAUUCUUCUGCCUGCUCAAUUAUAAACUUAUGAACAAAGAACCUUAUCUUUGGAGUAUUACAAGCCCACUACAGUCACCAAUAGAGGUCUUUACUCAAGUGUAGUUUUCAUAAUUCCUGUAGUUUUCAUAUUUCCUGUAGUUUUCAUAUUUUGUUUAAUUUGCCAGUAUAUUCUGCUUUUGAUAUAUCUGAGAAUAAAUAUGUAAGUGAAAGCCCCUUACCUGCUAAUGUCUGCCUUAGACACUUGAUGAUCUGAUUUUUUUUAAUUGCAGUCAGUACCACUUACAUUUACCACAGGGUUGAAGUCAUUAUGUUCGGUACUGAUCUUUAACAGCGUCCUCCACUUUGUAAUAAUGUCAGUCAUUGAGCUAUGUUGCUCAUGGAGAAUGAGCCAUGAUGGGCAAUAAUAAUGGGUAAAAAGGUACAAGCAAAAUAUGACCUUGCAAACUGUGAGGAAACCACUUUUUAAAAAUCGAUAGUGCCAUCUAACAAUUCAUACUCUUCAAUUUCCCAUAGGCAAAUAAUAUCUUUGAUGCUGGUAGUCUGCUAAGUUUUAUGGUUGGUGGAACUAAAAGUAGAUUAUGUAUGUUGUCAGUGUCGGACAGCAAAAAAACUUCCAAAUCUUG